AUGGAGGAACCGAUCCCCGGCGGACGCGACGACAUGGUCGCAGGUGAUGCCGCCGCCUUGGCAAACCUCGGCCACAAGCAGGAGUUGAAGCGCAACUUCUCCAAGAUAUCCAUGCUGGGCCUCGCCUUCGCCAUCCUUAACACCUGGACCGCCCUCGCCGCCUCCAUCUCGCUUGCCCUGCCGUCCGGAGGCGCCAGUUCCGUCAUCUGGGGCCUCAUCGUCGCCGGUAUAUGCAAUCUCUGCCUGGCCGCCUCGCUCGCCGAGUUCUUGUCUGCCUUUCCGACGGCGGGAGGCCAAUAUCACUGGGCCGCCAUCAUCUCGUGGAAGAAAUGGAGUCGCGGCAUCAGCUACGUGACCGGAUGGAUCAACGUGUCGGGCUGGGUCGCCCUGACCGCCACCGGAGGCCUGCUGGGGAGUACCUUCGUCCUGAACAUCAUCUCGCUGAUGCAUCCGGCCUACGAGUCCAAGGCCUGGCAUCAGUUCCUGAUCUACCUUGCCUUCACCUUCCUGGCCCUCCUGAUCAACACCUUCAUGACGAGACUGCUGCCCUUGAUCACCAAGGCCGCCUUCUUCUGGUCCCUGGCCGGCUUCAUCAUCAUCAGCAUCACCAUCCUGUCCUGCGCCUCGCCCAACUACCAGAGCGGCGAGUUUGUAUACGGCAACUUCAUCAACGAAGUGGGUUGGCCUGAUGGGCUGGCCUGGCUGCUUGGUCUCCUACAGGGCGCUUUCGCGCUUACCGGAUUCGACGCCGUCGCCCACAUGAUCGAGGAGAUCCCCGAGCCUCAUAUCGAAGGACCCAAGAUCAUGCUCUACUGCAUCGGCAUCGGCAUGUUCUCGGGUUUCAUCUUCCUCAGCUGCUUGCUGUUCUGCGUGAACAACAUCGACGAUGUAAUCAGCUCCACUGCCGGCCCUCUGCUGCAGAUCUUCAUGGACGCCACCAAGAGCAAGGCUGGCAGUACGUGUCUGCUCAUGUUCCCGCUCGUGUGCAUGCUGUUCACCUCGACGGCGUUGAUGACGACGAGCAGCCGCAUGAGCUACGCCUUUGCCCGUGAUCGUGGUCUCCCCUUCAGUCACAUAUUCGCCAAGGUUCAUCCGACGCUCGAUGUGCCACUGAACGCUUUGUUAUGGACAACGGCCUGGGUCGUCGUCUUCGGACUAAUCCUCUUGGGGUCUGACAGUACCUUCAAUGCUAUCACUGCCGCUUCCGUAGUAGCGCUCGGGAUCACAUAUGCUAUCCCGCCUGCGAUCAAUGUGCUCCGGGGGCGCAAGAUGCUACCGCCCACGAGGUCAUUCAAGCUCCCGGAGCCAGUCGGUUGGGUCAUGAACCUGGUUGGCAUCGCGUGGGCGAUCCUGACGACGGUUUUGUUCGUGUUCCCUCCAGAGCUCCCGGUGACUCCCGACAAUAUGAACUACUGCAUUGCUGCAUUUGGCGUCAUCCUAUUCAUUGCGGGCAUGACUUGGAUAUUCGAUGGCAGGAAGCACUACACGGGCCCGCACGUGGAGCUCUUGAACGGAAAGGUCGAGGGCAUGGAGGGUUUGGAUUUUGUUCAGCCGCAUGCGUCUAGUGAGAUCGCAUCUAAAGAAGCGUCGAAGAGUUUAGAAUAG